AUGGACGGCCUCGGAAACUUACGCGGAUGGUCGUGGAUUUUCAUGAUAGAUGGCAUCACCACCUGCCUGCUUGGCCUGGCGGGCCUUUUUCUACUGGUUGAAUUUCCCGACACGACCAAACCUUCACGAUACUUCCUGUCAAGCCGCGAGCUCGCCUGGGUCAAGUCGCGGGUCGAUGCCGACCGUGGAGACGUCGCCAUCUCGAAGCUCACUCUGACAAAGCUCAUGCGCGGCGGUCUUGACCCCAAGGUGUGGGCGUUUGCACUCAUCUUCUUCAACAACGCCGUUGUCAACUUUGCGCUGGCAAACUUCCUCCCCAUCAUUCUCCGGAAGAACAUGGGCUUCAGCGUCGCCAAGUCCCAGGCCCUGGUCGCGCCUCCGUACGUUUUUGCCGCGAUAGUCAUGCAUACUGUCGGCUGGCUGGGAGAUCGAUACCGCGUCCGCGGGCCCUUUCUCGUCGCCAUGAUGCUGCUGUCCAUCACCGGCACAUCGCUCAUGGGCUUCCAUCAGAGGACUGGGUUUCGCUAUGCCGGCGUCUUUCUCACAGCAGCGGGGACGACGAGCGCCGUGCCGGUGACGAUGGCGUACCAGGCGAACAACAUCAGGGGUCAGUGGAAGCGGGCCUUCUCGAGUGCGCUCGUCGUUGGCGUCUCCGGCUUUGGCGGAAUUUUUGGGACCUUGGUGUUCAGAUCGCAAGAUGCGCCGGCGUAUCUUCUGGGACUGACGACGUGCUUGGCAUGUGCGGUGCUGAACAUCUCCAUUGUGAUCGGUUUGACGGUUUACUUCCACUUGGCGAAUUCAAGGGCAGACAGAGGUGGGGUUGAGCUUGAGAUAUCAGAGGAGGUACGAACACAGGGAUUUCGCCAUACGCUUUAA